AAUAUCCCCUACAAUGUCAGUUCCGUCGCUAAACUACUUCCAAAAUUGAAUUUAAAUAUUUAAUUUCAAAUCCGCUUAAAAGUUCACGUUAGUUAUCUUCAUCCCAUUCUCGCCUUGUAUAAAUACCGCUCUAUUUUCUGUAAAACAACGCCUCCUUUUCUCUCAUCUGCCAGCUCAGCUACCGACGAAAAACAAAAACCGUUACUGCAAAAAAAAGCCAGCUAAACUCGUCCGAUUCGACUCGUUUCCCCGCCCUUUUAUGUUUUUUCAUUUUUUAUUUUUUGCCUCGAAUCGGGCUCGAGUUGUAGUUUAAGCUGAGUUCGGGUUUGGAUCUGGUAAGGCUUAAAGGUAAAGCAGAAGGUGUAUCACAAUGAAGGCACUUAUUCUUGUUGGAGGAUUUGGAACACGAUUGAGGCCAUUGACCCUUAGUGUUCCUAAGCCGCUUGUUGAAUUUGCUAACAAACCCAUGAUCCUGCAUCAGAUUGAGGCUCUCAAGGCUGUUGGUGUUACUGAAGUUGUUUUGGCUAUUAACUACCAACCUGAGGUAAUGUUGAACUUCUUAAAGGAAUUUGAAGCUAAACUUGGGAUCACAAUCACAUGUUCUCAAGAGACUGAGCCUCUUGGCACUGCUGGUCCUCUUGCUUUGGCUAGGGACAAGCUCAUUGAUGGUUCUGGUGAGCCAUUUUUUGUCCUUAACAGUGAUGUUAUUAGUGAGUACCCAUUCAAAGAAAUGAUUGAAUUCCACAAAUGCCAUGGAGGAGAAGCUUCCAUAAUGGUAACCAAGGUGGACGAGCCAUCAAAAUACGGUGUGGUGGUUAUGGAAGAAUCAACUGGGCAAGUAGACAAAUUUGUGGAAAAACCGAAAUUAUUUGUUGGAAACAAAAUUAAUGCUGGAAUUUAUCUGCUGAACCCAUCUGUUCUUGAUAGAAUUGAACUGAGACCCACCUCCAUCGAAAAGGAGGUCUUCCCAAAGAUUGCGGCUGAGAAGAAGCUGUAUGCAAUGGUCCUACCAGGGUUUUGGAUGGACAUUGGUCAGCCAAGGGAUUACAUUACUGGACUGAGACUUUAUCUAGACUCCCUGCGAAAGAAAGCUUCAACUAAGUUGGCCGCUGGUCCCCACAUUGUGGGAAAUGUUUUGGUUCAUGAGAGUGCUAAAAUUGGAGAAGGAUGUUUGAUUGGACCAGAUGUGGCAAUUGGUCCAGGAUGCGUAGUCGAGUCUGGAGUCAGACUCUCUCGCUGCACAAUGAUGCGCGGAGUCCGCGUCAAGAAGCACGCUUGCAUAUCCAGCAGCAUCAUCGGAUGGCACUCCACGGUUGGCCAAUGGGCGCGAGUAGAAAACAUGACUAUCCUCGGAGAAGAUGUCCAUGUAUGCGAUGAAAUUUACAGCAAUGGCGGCGUGGUUUUGCCUCACAAAGAGAUCAAAUCUAGCAUUUUGAAGCCAGAGAUAGUCAUGUGACAGUGAGUUCAAUUUUCCAGAUAAGUAGAAUAUAUUCUUCAGGAAUGCCUUUGUUCAUUUAUUGUCUUUUCCCCCUCCAACACAGGUGUAAAACUCAGUUUCUCUAAGCCUGAGUGAUGCGUGUUCGACGGUUCAAGGCUCAUUUUUCGGUUGUCAACUGCGUGAUUUGAUCAUUGGGGUGUAAUGUGUAACUUUAGUGUUUGUAUAUACAAAUAAAUUAUCAGUUGGUUUAUCUGGGAUUCUGUAUUUUAAUCAUCGAUGAAUUUUAUAAUUGUAUAUUUUAUUUGAGCAUUUUAAA